ACGGAACGCGGAUUUUUACCGGAUUUCGUUUCUGAAUAAUUUUUAAGGUUUCUUAAGCAUUCUUAAGGACUUUCACAGAUUUUUGGUUGCUUAGUGGCUAGUAGUGAUAAUGAAAAGUGGUAGCAAUGGACUACGCCUACAACAAUAAGUCCUACUCUGGAUCGGCCGAGGGAUCGGGAUGCUUUCCACCUGGUGCCAACACGACAACCUUCCUUAAAGUGCCGAAUCCCCUGAUCAAGCAGACGGCGAAGAGCGCGGCCGGAAACCUCGAAGGAACUCUAACUCCGCCCGUGAACUACAGCCAAAACCAGCAGUACGGAGAAGAAAAUCAUGACGAAGACAAGUCGUCGUUCUUCGCUGGGAGAAAACAGAUCCAGCUGCAGUUCGUGUCGAGUGCUUAUGUACAGCAGCAUCCGCAGCAGUUUAUCGUUCACCAAGCGCAAUAUCCGCAUCUUCCGCAGCAGCAGCACCUUUUGCCUUCCGUGCCAUCACACCCUCAUCAACCGCCACAGCAGCAGCAGGGGGAGCCGGUGGCACAGCUUCAGGACCAUCACCAGCAGCUAGGAUCAGGCUACUACGACUAUACCAAUCAUUCGGACACCAAUCUGAGCUCCACUAUCCGCCGCUACGAUAGCCAAUCGUCGCCCAUCGUGACCGGAGAAGCUGGUCCACAGACAUUGACGAUUUCCGGCGCUGAAGGAACAUCUCCCAUUCCUGUUGCCACGGCAAGCGCUGCUCAGACUACUAGCUUCACCUGUAACGUAUGCUCAAAAUCGUUCGCCACCAGGAUGAAGCUUACGAAACACCAGAAAUCGCACGGAACUGACGAUUCGGAGACAAUCUUCCAGUGCCGGGUGUGCGAUAAAAUAUUUCGCAGCAAAAACACACUCAUCUGCCACGAGAAGGUCCACGGGGAGAAUGGGUUGGGUAACAACUUUUCGUGUGCCGAAUGUGGCAAGAUGUUUGCCAGCGAGGAAAAACUGCAAGUUCAUCGCCGAUUGCAUACUGGAGAAAAACCGUACGAGUGUAAGGUGUGUUCGAAGCAUUUUAACCAUCAAUCCAAUCUGAUCGUUCACUCGCGAAUCCACGAAAAGGUUAAGAAAGCGAUUAAAUGCGACCGGUGCAGCAAAGUGCUGGACAACGAGGAACGGUUGGCGGUACAUAUGCGGCUGCACACGGGCGAAAAACCGUACAAAUGUUCCUACUGUGACAAGCGGUUCAAUCACAAAAGCACGGUCAGUACGCACGAGAAAGCGGCGCAUAUAGCGGCCAAUUCGUUCCGUUGUGAUCGAUGCCAUAAGACGUUCAAUCAAAAGUGUCAACUACAAUAUCAUGAAAAGCUGCAGGAGGAAGACACGAUCGCCUGCACGAUGUGCGACAAGGUGUUCUGCUACAAAGCGAGCCACAAGGAGCACGUGUUUAAGGUGCACAGUGCGCGGCAGAAACGAAAUUCGAAGAAGGAUGGUCCAUCCGAACCUAGCGCAAAGGGUAGUAACAACGGCCAAGGCAGAAACCGAUACAAGUGCACGGUGUGUGAUCGCCGGUUUUAUUAUGCGCGUGCCCUCGAGCUGCACAUGGGCGUGCACGAUUCUUCGCUCGAUGUGAAUGUACUUUACUACUCCUGUAACUACUGCCCCGAAACAUUUACCGAUGAUGAUCUGCUGCGAAAGCACGAAGACGACCAUGAAGCUAACGGCACGACAGAUUUCCUGAAAAACAUGGAACAUCAAACGACGGAAGAAACGGUGGAAGAUGCUUUCAGGUGUCCAUUAUGCUUCAAAGAGUUCGCUGAUCAGCAAACGCUUAGCGAGCAUCAUAAGACGCACCUUUGUACGAACCCGGCGUGUACCAAGUGUGUCGCAGCAAAUCAAGCCGAGUUCGAUCUUACAAUCACCACGUACGAUGCUACCGAAGACAAGCAAGAAACGGUGUGCAACGUGUGCCACCGAGUGCUGCCCACGUUCGAACAAUAUCAGAACCACUUUUACUAUCAUACAUCACGGGUCCCAUUCUAUUGCUACCCUUGCCGGGAGGAAUUCAAUGAUAAGCGUGAACUCUACGCGCACACGAAGACACACAUGCCACGCGUUCCGGAGUCGUAUACGUGCAAGAGCUGUGGUAAGGUGUUCUCAACGAAAGGCAACUUUAAGCGGCAUUUAAAAUCUCACGAAGCCGUUCGAGCAUUCGCUUGUGAUCGAUGCUAUAAGCAGUACGACUACAAGAGUGCUCUGGAGACUCAUCUGAAGCGAUCACACGGUAUCGAACUAUAGCUCGGUCAUAGGUCAAGUAAGCGCACUGAUCAAGCGUUGUUUUAUUCGAAAGCUAUACACUAAAAGUGCAGAUUAAAGCAUGUGUCUACCAUUAAGGCAAUAAAAAGUAAUGCAACAUAAUGUUAUUUAGUGUCUUUAUUA